AGCUUUAAAAUACUUUGAUAUGAAUGCUUCUGCGUGAUCAAAUGAGAAGAUGAGCUGUGAGUUUCCUUUCCUCUGCUUUGACAAGAACAGAAUCAGACAAGAAACUGAAAUCUAAAUUGAGCCUUCAGUGACUCCCUGCCAUGUUUCCACUUGCAGCUCAUAACAACUUUUAAAAAAAGAAGUGAAUUAACAUGAGAAUAUACGCAUUAACACCAGCAAGCCAAGGGAAAGAAAGUCCUAGAUGAGGCUGACUCUCCGUCAUGCUCAGUCUUGUGAUGAGGUGUGGUUAGUCACUUUCAUAUUACACAGCCAGCAAUGUGUCAACGUGUUACCCAGACAGAAAUAGGCCAGAAUGUAACCGCGUCCUUUGCAUGUUUGUGCACGCAUCUCCCUUUCUUUUGUUCAAUCUUUCUCCAAUGUAUACGUCACUUCGUGCUUUGUUGUCCGGACACUUUAUUCCUCUCAAAUCCUGGAUUCUCGUUUGUUUGCCAAAGCAGAACUCUUGCGCACAUGAUCAUGUGUCAUGAUCUCCGAAUCGAAUGGCAGGAGGAGUCAGAGUGGGAGACAGUUGGUUCUAAUAGGCCUUGUAUUAGUCAGAGCAAUGGGAAAGAUGACCUUUCCCUGCUGUUUAUUUUGGGAAGGCAACAGGAAGAAUGCCGCAGCAGCUGCUCUAUUCCUACUGGCAGAUCCCACCCCUGUGAAUUCCAGUCUGCCACUGCACGACACUUCCCUUACUCACGCAGGGGGCUUCUUGGAUGUAUCCAGGCACUGUACAGUGUAAAUAACACCUAAUCUAAGUUGUUAUGGCAAUAAGCUCAGCAACACACACGGCAAGGUUUCAGCCGCCAAUUAUUUCCUAGCAGACUUGCCUGCCAUGCAGGAGGACCGGCUGUGUUUAUGAGGAAGUCCGCCUGCUCUAUCUGCCCAUUACACCGUGUAGACGCUCAACCUGUUGUAUGACAAUAAUGGCGAGCCUAACCAAAGAGCCGAACGGAGAUGCCAAGAGACAGAGCUUCUGGAUGCCGGGGAAUUAUGUGCCUACGGUGCACCGAACUGAGCAGUCCUUCCAGGCUUGCAACGACAUUGUGGCAUGUUUCACGGAGAGAGCAAAGGUAGAAAAGCAGUACGCCCAGCAGCUCAGCCAGUGGAGCAGCAAGUGGAAGUCCAUUGUGGAUUCUCGGCCACUUUAUGGCUCCCUCAUGAGGGCGUGGCAAUGUUUCUUCACCUCCGCUGAGCGUUUGUCCGCCCUCCACUCCUCUAUCUCCCAGUCGCUCAUGGCGGAGGAAAAGGACCGGGUGAAGACCUGGCAGAAGGAGACCUUUCCAAAAAGACUCUUCUGUGGGUUCAGGGAGAGCCACGGCAACAAAACAAGUUUUACUCGUGCGCAGAAACCCUGGUCCAAAAAGCUGGUGAAGCUGGAGCAGGCCCGAGUUGCAUAUCACAAGUCCUGUCAGAGGGAGCAAACGGCCCUCGACAAAGAGAAACAAGCAAACGAAAACGCUCAGAUGAGUCUGGAGAAAAAGCAGAAAAUCACAGAGUCCAGAGAAAACGUCACAGAGGAGAAAGAAAAGAUUAGAGACCGCUACGAGAAACUGCUGGAGGACGUGACGUCCUACACACCUCGCUACAUGGAGGAGAUGGAAGCCAUCUUUGAACAGUCGCAGGAGGAGGAGAGGAAGAGGAUCAGCUUUCUGAAGCAGGCCUUCCUCUCCAUCCACAGACAUCUGGACAUUACCAACAAUGAGAGUGUGAAGGCGGUGUACAGUGAGCUCCACAACACUCUGAUGUCCAUCAGUGAGCAAGAUGAUCUCAAAUGGUGGAAGAACAACCACGGACCUGGCAUGCCCACCAACUGGCCAAAGAUCGACGAAUGGGUGCCACCAGUAAAAAAGUUAAAUCGAAAGAAGAGAGACCAGAAAAGAAAAGAGGGCCGACCUGUGAUGAUCGGGGGUGUGAAGGUGCGAGCUAUGUACGACUACGUGGGAGAGGAGGGCGAUGAGCUGUCCUUUAAAGCAGGUGAAGUGUUCCUGAAGGUCGAGGAGGAGGACGACCAGGGUUGGUGUCGAGGAGUCCUGAAUGAAGGGAAGGAGGGUUUCUACCCAGCCAAUUACGUUGAAGUUGCAGAGUGAUGUCAUACUCCCUAAUAUACUAUGUCCUAAACUUAUUUCUCACAAAGAGUUAGUUUUCAAAUCUUUUAAAAGUAACAAUUAUUAUUAUUAUUAUAGUAUGUUUGUCACACUGAGUUUCUGUCACAUAUAAUCUGUUCCCUGCCAUUUUUUAAAAUUUGUUGAGGCCUUAAUAUUCUAACCUACUUUGGUUUGAGUAUUUCUACAAUAUGAUUUAACUUAUUAAAGACUAAAUGUACUGUUUGUGCAGGAGCUGUAUAUGUAUAUGUGUGAGUGUGUCAGUGUGUUUGCAUGCAUGUGUGCAUGUUAAGACAAAACAAAAGAGAACAAGAGAGGAUAUUUAUUUACUGCCAAAUACAUGAGGUUUACCCAGGCACCGGUUUACAAAGAUGGGAGCACACAAGGUUAAUGUUUACUUAAUAAGUAUUACGUAGAGGCACAUAGAAGUUGACUGAGUGAAUGGAUUUUCAAAAUAAAAGCAUAAUGGUUUUGCCUCUAAUCCAUUUUGUUGCCAUGCUAGCUCUGUGUGGGUCAGCAGGUUGGUCCACCACGUCUGUCCAGACUGGAUUAUCUCAAUAACUAUCAAAUAAAUUGCCAUAAAAUGUUGAGCAGUCGUUCACGGUGCACUGAGGAUGAACCCUAAUGACUCCUGUGAUCCCCUGACUUUCUAUCUGGCGCCACCAGCAGGUCAAACUUAGCUAGCCUGUUAAAAUUGGCACUGUGUGUAUGUUAGCAUGCUAAUGUUAGCAUUUAGGUCAAAGCGCCGCAGUGCCUCAGUACAGCCUCACAGAGGCGCUAUCAUGGCUGUAGUCUCAGUUUUGUUAAAUUUCAUAUUUCAAAAUAAACAACACAAAAUAAAAAAGAACAGACAAAAAGCAAAAAACAUACAUGUGUGUAUAUAUGCCAUCAUCUUCAAAUAAAUGUCUAAUAUUUCAAUCCUA